UUUGAAGAAGCAACCACGGGAGAGACCCGUCCCCCCGUUGGGUUGUUGUUUUUGCAGUGAAAAUGAAAGUGACCUACUUUGGCGCAGGGAUAGUGGUGCCCGUGGGAUCGUGUAAUUGAGCUCGCGGAAGGGGAUUAUUCGACACGUUGUUGACGCGCUGUUGUGCCACCUUCUAAACCAUCGAAAUGAACAUCUCAAAAUGGCUACCGAAGCAGCACUAUGAAGUAAUCAAGCUGUUCGACCAGACCCGGGCCCUGGAGCGGGAGUUCCGGGUGCUCGGGAAAAAGUUCGCCACGGAUAUCAACCUGGACUUGCCGGAUUACUAUGAAUUUGAACGGCUGCUGCAGCAGAGUCGUCAGAGUUUUGAAUUGUCGGCCCACAUCCAGACGCGGUUGAUCCGGAUGUCGGCCUCGUCGGCGGACAAGAAUGUCGAGCGGAGUUUCUUCAGGAUUUUGAUCAACCGGAAGGCUCACCUGAUCCGCCAGAGUCUGAGGAAGCGCCACUUUCAGCUGAUGUUCAUCCUGCACAAAAUGGUUCGGUUGAUGCUGGGACUCACGUACAGUUCGGAGGUGGUUAUCGACGGGGCCAUGCUGCUGUCCACGUUGCACAACGAAGCGGUGGCGUUGGCGUUGAGGACGACGAAGGCGCGCACCCAGGACGGUGCGCAGGUUUGUAGCAACUCGUUUCCCGGGUUGAUGUAUCUGCCGAAGAAGCUGGACAUUGGAACAAUACUGCAGGUCGUAACGAAGCAACGGUCGGAGCAGUGCUGCGCGAUGCUGAUCAACUGUUUGCUGGUCACGUGCAAGGGCGCCACCACGACCGCCCUCGAGGACGACGAGUCGGACUCUUCCAGUGUGGAGAUCCUGCGCACCCUGACGGCCAACUUCAACGAGGGCAACAAGCAAGUGGACCCCUCUCUUGAGGAGUUGAACACUCGUCGGAAAGCGAGCAUCAAUCUGAUCGCCAGCGGUGAAAUUCACAUGGGCCAACUGCCACCUCCAACGGACAAGCACGUCACGAUCAGUCCGAUCGUGAAGCCAGAAUCCCGGGAACCGGACGAGUCGGAACAUAACGAUCCUGCCAUAAACUUUUUCGACGAAAUGGCCGCCGAAGCCGCUGCGUACAACUCGAUCAACUACCUGGUCAACGAGCCGGAAGGAAUCGACCUGCUGGAGAACUUGAUCGCCGACGAGGAGAUCUUCAUCGCCAACAUCCUGAUGAAGGUGGUCAAACUGUGCCCGUCCGCGUUCGACAAGACCCUGGACAAGUCCGAACUCAUCAAGUGGGUUAACCGGGGCACGCGUGGCCUCUGGACGCAGGUCGGCGGCACCCUCGAGCACGUGGUCCUCUGGUGGAGCAGUUCACCGUUGGCUUGCCGGCCGGCCGCUUGCGCCAAAUACCUGCGCGACUGGCUUCUGCUGAUAACCCCGGACGAGGCUCCCGAACCGAUACUGUCCAUGCUGAAGGGUCUCGCCGAAACGCUGACGGUCCACGUGACCAGCACGAUCUGGGAUCGACAGUUCCGGCUGGCGGUCGUCGCGUCCAGCCUCCCCGUCGACUAUCCCUUCGAAGAGUCGGAGUUUUACAGUGCCAACAUGACGGUCGAGGGAACCGUUUGCGGUAAGGUUUGGAGCGAGCUCCUGUACCAGUUGGCGCAAAUCUCCAACACCUGCGACGUAGGAACAAUCCCGAACGAACUGCCACUGGUCGAGCAGAUACCGGUGCUUCACCGGCUCGACCACUCGAUCCAUUCGAUGCGAAUCUGGGCCUCGAACCGGGCCCGCUCGCUGUGCACCGACUGGAACAUGAUGAUGUUCUUCAAGGUGGUCCACAACGACAUCGGGCUCUGUUUGGAGCAGCUGCAGUACCUGCGCGUCCCGGAGCUGGUUCCGCCGAGCGCGCUCGAGGUCCAAGUGCAGGUUUGUGUCGCUCUGCGCGAGAAGCUAGUGUCCGAGAUCAAAGAGAACAUUCGCAAGCUGAAGCAAGCCAGCGCCGAAUGCAUCGACGUGCUAGCGGCGGUCUGCAGAACGACCAGCCUCGCCUCGUUGACUCUGUGCUUUCCACCGUUGCGCCACUGGCAGACGGAACUGCUGCAGGACGCGGCCAACGACUACGUCGCGUACUUCUUCAACCAGGUCUACCUGCCCGUCAUUCAGGCCACCCGCGAUCUGGACAUUCUCAAGCUCACGCUCAAGAUUAUCUGCGAGGCCUGGCUCGACCACAUCUACAUGAAGAAGACCAAGUUCAGCAGCACCGGCGCGCUCAACCUGCUCAAGGAUUUUGACGGCGUGGCCGACUGGAUCUACAGCCUCAAAGUGCUCGACAAGAACCUCAAACCGGAGCUCUCGAAGCACGAGGUGCUGCGGAUGUGCGAGGGCGUCGGCAAGCUGCUGCUGCGAAAACCCGACGAAACCAUAUCGAUUCUGCCGAGCCCGAAGACCGGCCGCCGGGGAGAGGAAGAACCACCCGCCACCGAGGACGACAAAGCGCCCCUGCCGCCGGAGAUGUUCGUGCCGAACCAGAAGCGCUGGCUGGAGCUGCGCGCCCGGGACAAGAAGGUCAUCAUGGGGCUGAACUGUACCUGUCUGUGUGCCGGAAUGGACGUUUACUAGGGACGCUGCUUGUUCAUCUCCAAACGAAUAUUUCAAAACUUUGCGAUCUUUUCCAUCCAACUUAGCUCGUUACAGAUUGUUCGAAUAAAGUUCUGUAUCAAAUUAAAA